AUGGGACAAAUUCUAUCACAACCAAUUACUGAGAAACACUCAGAAGAGGGUCAAGACAAAUAUUUGGCAUAUGGUUUGUCAAGUAUGCAAGGGUGGAGAAUCAAUAUGGAAGAUGCCCAUGCCACAGUUUUAGACUUGAAUAAAUUUGUUGAUGAUGAGACCAACAAGGGUGAGGAAGACAAUGAUGAGGGGGAUCAUGAUGAAAAGGAUAAAACUGAGGCGGCCAAAACUGAUGGAGUCAAAACUGAUGCCAAUGAGGCGGAAAAGGAGAAUGCUGAUUAUGUCGCGUUUUUUGGUGUCUACGAUGGUCAUGGUGGAGAAAAGGCUGCUAUAUUCACUGGCGAGCAUUUACACAAAUUGAUUAGAAGUACAUCACAAUACCAAGGGAAAGACUAUACCAACGCAUUGAAACAAGGAUUUUUAGACUGUGACCAAGCAAUAUUGAAGGAUCUAUACAUGCGUGAUGACGACAGUGGAUGUGCUGCUACCACCGUACUUAUCACACCUAAAAGUAUCUAUUGUGGUAAUGCUGGAGACUCGCGUACAAUUAUGUCGAUUGAUGGUGUAGCUAAGGCCCUAUCGUUUGACCACAAACCAUCCUUGGAGGGUGAAAAGUCUCGUAUAAUGGCUGCUGGAGGUUACGUUGAUGCAGACAGAGUCAAUGGAAAUUUAGCUCUUUCGCGAUCCAUUGCAGAUUUUGAGUUCAAAAAGUCAGUCGACCUUCCUCCAGAAGAACAAGUUGUCACGUGUUAUCCCGAUGUUAUCACCCACCAAAUAAACUUGGAACAGGACGAAUUUGUUGUUUUAGCUUGCGAUGGUAUUUGGGACUGUAUGCACCCACAACAGGUUAUCGAUUUUAUAAGGAGAGCAAUUCGCGAGGAGAAAACCCUUGAGAAAAUUUGUGAGGAGAUUAUGGAUCUUUGUUGCUCACCCACUUCUGAUGGUUCCGGUAUAGGAUGUGAUAAUAUGUCCAUUGUCAUAGUGGCUCUUUUACGCAACGAUGAAGGUAUCGAGGGCUGGAAAAAGAGGAUUAUCGAGAAAAUAGGCGACAAAGAUUUCGGAGACUCCUUUUUAAAACCUGAACACCCGAGGUGUGGACGGAUUGAAGAUGGUGGCGAGGAAGAGGAACCAGAAACUGGCGCUACUAUUUCCUUGGAGCAGUUAUUAUCAGGAAAUGCCGUUACGACUGAAAACGGAGUUGUUUAUUUAGAUACUGCCUCUGCCCAGUCGUUGUUGGAGAGAUUUAAAUAG